CAUACGGAAGCCAAUCUAACCAUCGGGCCUCAGCUGAAAGUCGCGGAAAGGGCUAGCGACUCCAUCGUCUCAAGCUGCCGGGAGACAACCAUCGUCCCUGUUGCUGCUCGAACCUGCAGAUUUUCUGCAAUUUUUCGAUGGGAUGAGGUUGGCGUUUUCACGAAAACACUUGAUGGGCAUUUUUUAGUUGAUUUGCAUAAAAGAGAUUUUCAUUCUCCCUUGGUGAACUGUGGAUUGCUGAGCUCUGUUUAAUAUUGAGGGGAAAUUAGCUCAUUGGAGUAUUGUAAAAUGAAGAAAGGGUUGCAUCCACAAUUGCAAUGGAUGUCAUAUGUAACCCAAAGUGGGAGGUUGAUGCAUGUCAUGAUGACCAGAAUUCACAAAGUUGGUAAAGUCUACCAUUUCAGGGCCAGGCGCCAGAUGGCCCAAAGUUUAGGCCAGGUUGCUAAGUACAAUCGUCGCUACGGUCUGAAAACUGAAGAGAACGAAGCAAAAUGACCUUUUAGAUACAAACUUCAAAGACAAGAUUGCGGAUUUUUUUUGGUUUUAGCUGUCAUGUUUUUCUCUCCUUCUGGAUGUCUUUAUGGCAAUAGUUGUUGAGAACUUUGUAGCACUUGCAGAUAUUUUGAGUUCACCAUUUUGCUGCAUAACCUAAAUAAAUUAUUUUGUUCUAUGAA